GGAUGUUGCGCAUUUCCGUCCCUAUGACGUCACUUCUGGAUGUCAAUAUGCGGCUCGGUGCGGCGCUAGGGAGCGGGGGCUCUGGAAACAUGUAAACCAGCUCGCCGGUACAGACCAUUUCCUCCGGACUCACCGCAGGUCGCGUCCCAGGACGCCGCGCCUUCGUUCCGCCAGCAGCAGCCCUGCUCAGGGACAGCUCGCGGGGUUGUUAUCCCUGAAGCGACGAAGCGACUGCCUCGAGCAGCCAUCUUUUCAGAGAGAAUGUACGGAGCGCCGCGGUGGGCCUGCACGGGCAGCUGGCUGAUGCUCACCACCGGGAUCCUGCUGUCCGCCGCCGUGCUGCUCUCCGGGCUGCCGGGCUCCACCGAGGCGAAGGAAUGCGACAAACCCUGCAUGAACGGACAGUGUAACGCCGUGACGGGCAGCUGCGCGUGCCUGCCCGGCUGGGUCGGGGACCAAUGCCAGCACUGCGGAGGGCGCUUCAGGCUGACCGGACCCUCUGGGUAUUUGACUGAUGGUCCUGGAAACUACAAGUACAAGACAAAGUGCACCUGGCUGAUAGAGGGGCAGCCCAACACCAUUCUGCGGUUGCGGUUUAACCACUUUGCCACUGAGUGCAGCUGGGACCACCUCUAUGUGUACGACGGCGACUCCAUUUAUGCCCCUCUACUUGCUGCUUUCAGUGGUCUCAUUGUUCCUGAACGGUACGCGAACGAGACGGUUCCUGAGGUGGUGUCCCAGUCGGGCUUCGCUCUGCUGCACUUCUUCAGCGAUGCUGCCUACAACCUGACCGGCUUCAACAUUUCCUACAGGGUGAACACGUGUCCCAACAACUGUUCGGGACGGGGAGAGUGUCGCGUUGGGAACUCGACCGCUUCGGUUUACUGUGAGUGUGAAGCCAACUGGAAGGGGGACGCCUGCGACGUUCCGUACUGCCAAGACAACUGUGGCUACCCGGACAGAGGCCUCUGCCAGGGCCAGGCCUGCGUUUGUGAACCUGGAUGGCAAGGACCUGAAUGCUCCGUUCCUCUUCCUGCCAAUUCUUCCUUCUGGAUCCAGGAGGACUACCCUGAAGGCGGUCUGGCCAGGGCUUCCCAUAAGGCUGUGGUGGAGCAGGGCCUCAUGUGGGUUAUUGGAGGCUACGUCUUCAACGCCUCCGACUAUCACAUGGUCAAAGCGUAUAACCUCAGCAGCAGGACGUGGCUGACCCUUGACCCCUCUGUCAACACGGUUACGCCCCGAUAUGGACACUCGCUGGCGCUGCAUGAGGGAAAAAUCUACAUGUAUGGAGGAAAGAUCGACUCCACAGGAAACGUGUCCAGCCAGCUCUGGGUCUUUCACAUCCAGAACCAAACCUGGGUCCUGCUUAGCCCUCAAGCCAAAGAGCAGUAUGCUGUGGUGGGACACUCGGCCCAUAUUGUGCCCCCCGCCCAGGAGGGGGGCAGUCAUGUCAUGCUGGUUCUGUUCGGACACUGUCCUGUGUACGGUUACAUCAGCCAUGUGCAGGAGUAUGACAUCAACAGGAACACGUGGAGCCUUGUGAGCACGGAGGGCGCCCUGGUCCAAGGUGGUUACGGCCACAGCAGCGUGUUUGACCCCAGCACCAGAGCCAUCUACAUUCACGGGGGCUACAAGGCCUUCAGUGCGACCAAGUACGGCCUGGCAGGAGACUUGUACAAGCUCGAUGUGGACAAGAAGAAAUGGACCAUCCUGAGAGACAGCGGCUUCUUCCGCUACCUUCACACGGCAGUGAUCGUGAGCGGGACCAUGCUGGUGUUUGGAGGAAACACGCACAACGACACAUCCAUGAGCCAUGGUGCCAAGUGCUUCUCAUCGGACUUCCUGGCCUACAGUUUAGCUUGUGAUGAGUGGACAGUUUUGCCUCGACCGGACCUCUACCAUGACGUCAACCGCUUCGGACACUCUGCAGUCUUUAGUGACGGAGUCAUGUACGUGUUUGGAGGCUUUAACAGCCUUCUCCUCAAUGACGUUCUGAUGUACACUUCGCCCAGCUGCUCCGCCUUCUCCAGCGCUGCGACCUGCGCCCAGGCCUGGCCUGGGAUCCACUGCGUCUGGGACGACCUCCUGAGGGCCUGCCUGCCUUGGGAGGGCAGCCCUGCUGGUCCCAGUCUGCAGCAGCUGCCCUCAUUCUGCAACACAAAGUCCUAUGCUGAUAACGAGCGAUGUGAUCAAUAUACUGACUGCUACAGCUGCACUGCCAACACCAACGUCUGCCAGUGGUGUUCCGGCAAGUGUCUCUCCAUGGGGAGCAACUGUACGUCUGCCACGGGCACCAUAGUGGAGUAUGACCUUUGCCCCAAGGACAACCCCUUAUACGUGUGCCAGAAGAAGACCAGCUGCAAGAGCUGUGCCAUCGACCAAAACUGUCAGUGGGACAUUCGCAACCAGAACUGUGUGCAGCUGCCAGAAAAUGUGUGUGGAGAAAACUGGCACCUGGUUGGCAACUCCUGUCUGAAGUUUAUCACAGCUAAGGACACGUAUGAUAACGCCAAGCUGGCCUGCAGGAGCCACAACGCCCUGCUGGCCUCGCUCACCACACAGAAGAAGGUGGACUUUGUGUUGAAGGAGCUGCAGAGCAUGAGCCUGGUGUACACCCCGUGGGUGGGACUGAGGAAGAUCAACGUGUCCUACUGGUGCUGGGAGGACAUGUCGCCCUUCACCAACACCAUCCUGCAGUGGCUGCCUGGUGAGCCGAGCGACGCGGGCUUCUGCGGGUACCUGGCAGAGCCUGCACCCAGCGGGCUGAAGGCCCAAACCUGCAUCAACCCGGUGAACGGCAGCCUGUGUGAACGGCCAGCCAACCACAGUGCCAAGCAGUGCCGGACCCCGUGUGCCAUGAGAACCACCUGCAGCGAGUGCACCAGCAGCAGCUCCGAGUGCAUGUGGUGCAGCAACAUGAAGCAGUGCGUCGACUCCAAUGCAUACGUGGCCUCCUUCCCCUUCGGCCAGUGCAUGGAGUGGUACACUCUCAGCACUUGUCCACCGGAGAACUGUUCGGGGUACCGAACCUGUGGACAGUGUUUGGACCAGCCCGGCUGCGGCUGGUGCACCGACCCCAGCAACACAGGCAAAGGCCAGUGCAUCGAAGGCUCCUACCGCGGGCCCUUCCAGACCUCCGUCCCAGCCCCCUCCACCCUGCCAGGCCUGCCCCCCAGCCCCCAUCCUGCUCUCAACUCCAGCAUGUGUCCGAGUGAGGCCAAAUACGACUGGUCCUUCAUCCACUGUCCAGCGUGUCAGUGUAAUGGCCACAGUCAGUGCGUCAACGAGAGCGUUUGUGAGAAGUGCGAGGACCUGACCACCGGCCGGCAGUGUGAGAGCUGCGUCUCAGGAUACUACGGAGACCCAACCAACGGCGGCAGCUGUCAGCCCUGCAAGUGUAAUGGCCACGCCAGCAUGUGCAACCCCAACAAUGGCAAAUGUUUCUGCACCACCAAGGGCAUCAAGGGAGACCGCUGCCACCUGUGUGAAGUGGAGAGUCGUUACCAAGGCAACCCCCUCAAAGGGACCUGCUACUACACGCUCCUCAUCGACUACCAGUUCACCUUCAGCCUGUCGCAGGAGGACGACCGCUACUACACAGCCAUAAACUUUGUGGCCACACCUGAAGAGGCAAACCGGGAUCUAGACAUGUUCAUUAAUGCCUCCAAGAACUUCAACCUGAACAUCACCUGGGCUACUAGCUUUACUGCAGGCACGCAGGCUGGAGAGGAGAUUCCCAUCGUGUCACGGAGCAACAUCAAGGAGUUCAAGGACACCUUCUCCAACGAGAACUUCGACUUCCGCAACAACCCGAACAUAACCUUCUUCGUUUAUGUCAGCAACUUCACCUGGCCCAUCAAGAUUCAGAUUGCCUUCUCCCAGCACAGUAACUUCAUGGAUCUGGUGCAGUUCUUUGUCACAUUCUUCAGCUGCUUCCUGUCUCUGCUGCUGGUGGCCGCAGUAGUUUGGAAGAUCAAGCAGAGCUGCUGGGCCUCCCGACGCCGAGAGCAACUGCUGAGGGAGAUGCAGCAGAUGGCCAGCCGGCCUUUUGCCACCAUCAACGUGGCUUUAGAGACGGACGAAGAGCCGCCUGACCUGAUCGGAGGAAACGUCAAGUCUGUCCCCAAACCCAUUGCCCUUGAGCCAUGCUUUGGCAACAAAGCCGCGGUGCUUUCCAUCUUCGUCCGGUUACCCAGAGGUUCGGGAGGCAUCCCUCCUCCAGGACAGUCAGGUAAGAAACUACUGCCCUCUUCUUAUCCUCUUGCUUUUUUUUUCUUUAGUGUUAUAGAUCAAAGGUGGAAUAGACCAAUGAUCUGUCGUCCUUCCUCUGUGUUUUUGAUUCAGUUUGCUGGUAAACUAUGACAGUUUUCAGCCUUUUUUUUUUUUUACUCCUUUUUGUUCUCCACUUCAUUGGAAAUUGUGUUUUUAACUUGUUCUUCUGGCAUUUUUCUCAUGAUGGAGGUCAAAUAGAAGAAAAUUAAGAUUAAAAGUGCCUCUCUUAAGGUGACACACCGAAUACCACGACAUAUUUGCAUGCCCCGCCCCUCUUUCGCUGCUCUGUCAGUGGAUAUCUCACUUAGAAUGAAUGGAAGACGUAUGAUGUCGAGGAAUAAGGUUUAUUUAUUGAUAAGAGUUCUACAAAAACACCUGUAAUCAUGUCUCCAUGUUUGGGUUUAGGAUUAUUAUUCAAAGAUUUUCCCUGUACAGGGAGCCGUGUCUGUAUGACAGCCGCUUCCGCGGUCUUUCUGUGGCUGAGCUUGAAUGCUCACUGUCUCAUAUUAACCCGAGGGGGUAAAAAUAAUUUUAGGGGACAUUUUCCUUUUUUUUUUUUUUUUAAUGAGGCCUCAUCCGGCAGCCUCCGUACCCCGCAUCGUCGUUCUGUCUGCGGGCAUGUCGAGCGAGUAAGCUCCGCCGCAGGAGCGAAAGCCACCGAUCUGUCCAUCUGCCUGCCUUCACCCCAGAGUAGCUGGAUGAGCUCUACAGACCAGCGGCUCUAACAGGUUAAGGAAAAAAAUGAAAGUUCUGGACAAAAGCGCUCACUUUGGAUUAAUAUUCUAGCUGCUGAUCGAGUCACUGAAAGCUUCAUGUGUCCAAAGCUGAGUUCCUGAUUGGCUGAUGCGAUGCAGUGUAGCAUUUUAGGGUG